CAGGAAGUGACGAGAAGGCGUUUUGUGUUAGUUGGGGAGGGGGGAGAGAAAUAGACCAGGAUUGUUUACUACGACGAGGAGGCCGGCAUGAGUUCCCUGCGGGAAGAAGAUGAUCCUUAUGUGGUCGAGGAGCCCAGCGAUGAGGACCCAGCGCAGAGCAGUUCUGAAGAUGAAGUGGAUGUGCUUUUAUAUGGCACCCCAGACCAGAAGCGUAAACUGAUACGGGAGUGUCUCACAGGAGAAAGUGAAUCUUCUAGUGAUGAUGAAUUCCAAAAGGAAAUGGAAGCUGAACUUAACUCCACCAUGAAAAAUAUGGAAGGCCAAUGGAAGUCACAACUUCCAGGUGAUGCUUCUGUUGCUGGUCAGUCUGGAACUGUCUCCACUUCUAAGUAUUAUGAUGACAUUUAUUUUGAUUCCGAUUCAGAUGAUGAAGAUGUAGGAGGUUCUGCAGAAACCAGGAAAAAAAGAAAACAUCACCAACGACGAAUUCCAACUAAUGAUGAGUUAUUUUAUGAUCCAGAAGAAGACAAUAGAGAUCAGGAAUGGGUAGAUACGAUAAGAAGGAG